CCACCCAGUCCAGUACUGACCCUGCCGUCCCUUCCCAGGGUGCGAACCCUGGGAUGGGAAGGGGUCCCGACGCUGGUCCCCAGCUGGCAGUCCUUGGCCCACGCUGCUGGCAGGUGCACCACACCUGCCCGCGUCUUCACCCCAGCUGGGAGGCUGCGACUCUCGAGUCGCCCCACACCUGCGGCGGCCGCGCCCCGUCUCCCCGCAGCUGUAGUGCUCAGCACCCCAUGCUAAGAGCAGGUGCAGGGCGCUCCCACAGCCCCGCCAAGACACCCCUUCUAAGGUUUCCUCUGCCAGAGUUGGUUACGGUGGGUAAAGAAAGAUGAUAAAGGCAAGGAUCCACCCAUACUUCGAUGGAUCCCAGAGGCAUCUUGAAAGCAUUUCCCAAGCGGAAGAAGAUUCAAGCUAAUCCAUCAUCAAAAGAACUUGCAAAGAUUCCCAAGAGGGAAGAGGGAAAAGAAGCUGGAGAGUGGUUAAGUUCUGUACGGGCCCAUGUUUUGCCCUCUGGCAUUGGUCGAGCCCGGGCAGAACUCUUUGAGAAGCAGAUUGUUCAGCAUGGUGGCCAGAUAUGUCCUGCCCAGACCCCUGGGAUCACUCACAUUGUGGUGGAUGAAGGCAUGGACUGUGAGCGGGCCCUUCGCCUACUCAGGCUACCCUUGCUGCCCACGGGUGCCCAGCUGGUGAAGUCAGCCUGGCUGAGCUUGUGCCUGCAAGAGAAGAGGCUGGUGGAUACUGCUGGAUUCAGCAUCCUCAUCCCCCACAGGUUCUUGGACCAGUCACAGCCUAGCAAGGCAGACCAAGACACUUCUGCUCCUCCUCGGACCCAUGCCAUUCUGCCUAGGACGUCUCUCUCUCCUCCCCCUCCUCCCACCAGAGCUGUCUCUCCUACCCAAAAGGCAGAAGAAGUAUCAAGAAUCCAAGUCCAGCCUAGCUCAGAUGAUGAAGGCGGUGAUAGGGAAGGGCCCCAGGUCACUGCUGCCGAUCUGGAAGCCCUGAUCAGCGGGCACUACCCUACGACCCCUGAGGAAGAUGCCAGUCCUGGCCCAGCCCUGGAGUCCCUGGAGAAGUGGGUGUGUGCGCAUCCCUCAAGCCAGAAGGCCACUAACCAUAACCUGCACAUCACAGAGAAGCUGGAAGUGCUGGCCAAAGCCUACAGUGUCCAGGGGGACACAUGGAGGGCUCUGGGCUACGCCAAGGCCAUCAAUGCCCUCAAGAGCUUCCACAAGCCAGUUAGCUCCUACCAGGAGGCCUGCAGCAUUCCUGGAGUUGGCAAGCGCAUGGCUGAGAAGAUUAUAGAGAUCCUGGAAAGUGGGCAUCUGCGAAAGCUGGACCAUAUCAGCGAGAGUGUGCCAGUCUUAGAGCUCUUCUCCAACAUCUGGGGAGCUGGGACCAAGACUGCCCAGAUGUGGUACCAACAGGGCUUCCGGAGUCUGGAAGACAUCCGCAGCCUGGCCUCCUUGACUGCCCAGCAAGCCAUUGGCCUGAAGCAUUAUGAUGAUUUCCUGGAGCGCAUGCCCAGGGAGGAGGCUGCAGAGAUUGAGCAGAUGGUCCGGCUCUCAGCUCAGGCUUUCAACUCUGGGCUGCUGUGUGUGGCUUGUGGCUCAUACCGACGGGGGAAAGGGACCUGUGGCGAUGUGGAUGUGCUCAUCACUCACCCAGAUGGCCGGUCCCACCAGGGCAUCUUCAGCCCUCUCCUCGACAGCCUUCGGCAGCAAGGGUUCCUUACAGAUGACUUGGUGAGCCGGGAGGAGAACGGCCAGCAGCAGAAGUACUUGGGCGUGUGCCGGCUCCCAGGGCCAGGGCGGCGGCACCGACGACUGGACAUCAUCGUUGUGCCCCACAGCGAGUUCGCCUGUGCCCUGCUGUACUUCACUGGCUCCGCCCACUUCAACCGUUCUAUGAGGGCUCUGGCCAAGACCAAGGGCAUGAGUCUAUCAGAGCACGCCCUCAGCACGGCUGUGGUUCGGAACACUCAAGGCUCCAAGGUGUGUGGCCGAGUGCUGCCCACGCCCACUGAGAAGGAGGUCUUCCGACUCUUAGGCCUACCCUAUAGAGAACCAGCUGAGCGGGACUGGUGACCCAUGAGGGCUGGAGGUCAGAGGAACCCAGCCGACCUGACCAUGCAGGACCCCUCUAGCUUCCACUGGCUGAACCCAUUUACCUCAGCCACCUGCUGUCCUCUGUGAACCCAAGCCCAGGGCACUGAGCCUGGGCCCCUUCAGCCUGCCUAGUACGCUCCCAGACAGAGACAGGCUGCUGCGCUCCACAGGGCCCCCUACCCCAUGGAAGCAGGAGCAGAUGGCUGGUGGGAAGCCAGCUUCCGGUGCUGAGGGCUCAGGAAUCCCCAUUCCUGUCCUGAGAAAGAUCUAGCUACUAGGAGUGGGAUGGAGGCUGGGGGUGGCGGCGGAGGGGGAAGCAGCUGCAGGCCCAGUAUCAUCUAUGACCCUUCUGAGGAGAAUGAGCCAUCCCACAUGGAGUCCCACCACCACACCACUUCCUGACAGCUGGAACUGCUGGGAGGUGCCCCAGGCCCCCGAGGACGCCUUCUGAAGUCUCAGGGGCCCAGUAAAGUGCAUUUGAUACCCAGCCUACCCUGUGUCUGUGAGCUCUCCAGCCCCGCUGCCUGCCUCUGCCCACGCAGUUAAGAGAGGAGAGGUGGACACGGAGCCCAGAAGAGCUGUGCUGACUGCCCUCUAGCCAGGCCUAGCUUGGGCAGCUCCUGACUCAGAAUGGGCACGGGGGUAGUUGGUUGGUAAGAGGAAAAUCAGUCAGGCCUAAGGGGCUUCAAUGCCUCCCUGUUAGCAUCUCCUGUGGGCCCUGCCCAAGACUGGGUAAUUGUACGUUGUAAACAAAGGUGACGAGAUUUGAAGGAAAUGAUGGUGGGUGUCCCAUUGGUGGGGGUGGAGUGGUCAUGGAGGCUGCCAAGAACAGAGGAAGGGUAUGGUAAGAGGAAAUGGCCUACUUGAAAGGUGUUAGAUGCUCUGUUUGGGGACAGUUAAGCACCAAUGUUAGAAGAAUGUUGGGAAUUAGGAAUGCUAGCCAAGUAGAGACUUGACGAUCAAACCGCAGGAUUGGGUUUGGUGGAAUGAAUGGGAGCAAGUCUACAAGUAGGCCGAGCAGGGGUUCUGAGUUUGGGCCCUGUAAGAUGGAGGGUUGAUGAGGCUGGCGGGCUGGAAGGAAAUAAUGGAGAGUUGUGAUCUCAGAGGCAGAAGGCUGUCUGGGAGGAUCUUGGCAAGGUCCUGUGUCAUGGGUGAUUUUGAGGUGGAGUGGGGAACUUAAGCCCAAAGAUGGGAUCCAACCUCCAAGGUGGCAGGUGUGGGGU